GCAUGGAUUCAUGUGACGACUUUUUCGAUGACGACGUCGACGAUAGCAGUUUUGCUCUUAUUGAAGACCUGUCGACGAUUGAGGUUGAAAUCUCGCAGACAGACGAAGAAUUGCGAGAAAUAGAGGUUCAUUUAUCCCUUCUCUUGCAUAAACAGGAAGAACUGCGCGAGAGGAGAUGUCGUUUGAUUGAGAGACUCGAAACAAGCAAAGCGGCUAGGCAACCUGCGGCACCAGAGUCUCACACCGGCAUCCCUAAUACUAAUGCUAACCAUUCUAGUGCACUGACAGACAAAUACGGUGCGACAGCUGCCUUUCCUUGGUCUCAACAAGUUGAUGACGUCAAACAAAGGAUAUUUAAUAUCAAUAAAUUUCGACCGUUUCAGAUAGAAACGAUUAAUGCAACAAUGUCGAAGGAAGAUGUGAUUCUUAUCAUGCCAACGGGUGGUGGAAAGAGUUUGUGUUUUCAGUUGCCAGCUCUGGUUGAAGACGGCAUUACUCUCGUCGUCUCGCCUCUGAUUUCGUUGAUGGAAGAUCAAGUGGAUGCGAUGAGGAGAAUAUCUGUUGAAGCUGCACAUUUGACUGGCAGCAGUACGAAAGAGGAGGGAAGUGCCGUUCAACGUGCACUCACCUCUCGCGGAUCUACUCUCAAGCUUUUGUAUGUGACACCCGAGCGCAUCGCAAAAAGCAAACGAUUCAUGAACCAUGUUGAAAAAUCCUACGAAUUAGGACAGCUGAAACGUAUCGUAGUUGAUGAGGUGCAUUGUACUAGCCAAUGGGGUCACGAUUUUCGACCAGACUACAAGAAACUGUCAAUCAUCAAACUCCAAUUUCCUGACAUUCCUAUUCUUGGGUUGACGGCCACGGCUACAACUAGGGUUCUUGAUGAUGUCAAGCAAAUUCUUCAAAUUCCAAAAUGUCUUGUGUUCAAGGCAUCAUUUAAUAGAGAGAAUUUGAUGUAUGAAGUAAAACUUAAGCCAAGCUCUGCAAAAGACUGCUCAGAAGAAUUAAAAUCAAUUAUCAAAAAACAAUUUUUGAAACAAUCAGGAAUAGUCUAUUGCUUGUCUAGGAAUCAGGCAGAGCAAGUGGCUGGUGAGUUGAGCAGUGGUGGUAUCAAAGCUGCCUGCUAUCACGCAGAAAUGUCGCCGACUCUCAGGACUAAAGUUCACAGGCAGUGGACCAAGAAUGAGAUUCAGGUGGUUGUGGCUACCAUUGCUUUUGGCAUGGGGAUCGACAAACAAGACGUUCGUUUUGUAAUUCAUCACAGUGUCAGCAAGACAAUCGAGAAUUUCUACCAGGAGACAGGCCGAGCCGGACGUGACGGACAGAUGGCACACUGUGUGCUAUACUUUCGUAGUGCCGAUGCGUAUCGAUUGAGUUCGAUGGUCUUCAAUACUCAAAAUGGAUUGCAGGGACUGUAUUCGAUGCUAAGAUAUUCAUUAGAUGGCAGUACAUGUCGGAGGUCACUUCUUGCACGUCAUUUUGGUGAACACUUUGAUCCGUCUCAAUGUAACUCGUGUUGUGACCACUGCCAAAUGGGACCAUCACGACUGCCACCGGAGCAAGACAUCAGUGAGUUAUGCCAAGGCGUAUUGACUGUAGUAAGACAUAACCAAAUGAACAGACAGAGACUAACUGCACUUAAACUAGCAGAGGCAUGGCGUGGUAUCGGUCCGUCGAAGUUCCGUGUCUCUUCGGUUGUGGCUCCUUCUCUAACGAGCGAGCAAUGCGAAUCGAUUAUUCUCUAUAUGGUCGUGGAGGACAUACUCCACGAGGAGUUCCACUUCACCGCCUACUCGACUAUUAGUUACAUCGUCAGUGGUUCGAAAGCGAAUGCCGUACAAUCCGGUGCCAGACGUGUGUACUUUAGAAUACCCGGUACGGUUAAGUUGAAUAGAGCGACUUGUAUUCUGGGAGACUCUCCGUCGUCUGUAAAACCCGUAGCUCCGAUUGUGAGCAUGCACAAAGCACCGGUUGUUAUUCAGAAGGCUGCAAUUCAAUACGGUGAUGACGAUGACGAUGAUGUCACUAAUUCGAUUAAAAUAUCUAAACCAGUGCGGUCAACGAUGGCUGCUGCUUUUCAAAAUCGUGUUACCAAGGCAAGGAGUGAGGGUCAGGGUGGAGACCAGGCUGCAGUGAAUGAUGUAAAGGAUUCAGUCCGUGAUGAAUUGGUCAGCAGUGGGAGCCGUGUUGAUUGCCAUGAUGGUCAGAUUGAUGUCGUGUGUACAGACAGUUGUGAGAUUGAGAAAGCGUUUGGGGAUGGUUGUCAGCCAGCAAAACGCCGUAAAGCCAUGUUAGUCGAUCUAGACAACGAUGAUGAUGCGAACAACGAAUGGUCGCUGUUUGACAAAUUGUAGUCUUUGGUAUUGUGUUUUGAAAACAAUAAAAAAUUUUAAGUACAGUUUAGAGGUUUAUAAAUGAAUCAGCUAGUUGGUCGCAAACCUAUCUUACCAUCUGUUGGUCAUAUACAUAUAGUGUCUGUCUGUCUAUCUGUCAGUACUGCAUGUGUGUCUCUGUCUGUCUGUCCAUCUGUCUGUCUGACUGACUGACUGUCUGUCUGUCUGUACUGUAUGUGUGUCUGUCUGUUUGUGUCUGUCUGUUUGUCUGUCUGUCUGUCUGUCUGUCUGUCUGUCUAACUGUCUGUUUGUCUGUCUGUGCUGUAUGUGUGUCUAUCUGUCUGUUUGUCUGUCUGUCUGUCUGUCUGUCCAUCCGUCCGUUCGUCUGUCUGUCUGUUUGUCUGUCUGUCUGUCUGUCUGUGCAUGUGUGUGUGUGUGUGUGUGUGUGUGUGUGUGUGUGUGUGUGUGUGUGUGUGUGUGUGUGUGUGUGUGUAACCAUCCCUGUGGGAAGAUGAGAGAAGUGAAAUGAUUAUGACAGACAGACUGCUAAAUAGUGAAUUAUGUUACCACAAUAAAAUGUUAAUUAACCAGUAAUAAUUACAGAUUUCCAAAGGGCAUAACCA